GCGCUAACUGCUGCUGCUGCUGCAUGUUCUGCUGGAGGCUGCCGGGAGGGUACAGUAAUGACUGUAGGGAGCGCACAGCUGCUGCGGCGGCAGGUUCCCUGGAUCAGGAAAUUAGGACAGGCACCGGGGAUUGGAGGCGAGGGCGGUGCGCGAGCCAACCAGCGGCCGCCCCGGGCCCCCGUGAGCCCCAGGCGAACGCGCGGAGCAGCCGGGCCCCUAGAGCAGUUCGGGUGGCGGCGGCGGCAGCCACGACCACGACCACGGUCACUCACGCACGCUCACACUCGCACACUCCCCGCGCGGGCACCCGGCUGCCCGGCGCGUGUAAGAGGAGCGCGUCGAGGGAAAGGAGGGCUGAAGCCGCCGCGCUCUCGCCCGCCCGCCGCGCCUCCCGUUGACCACUCCCCCUCCUGCCCCCUCCCCGCUCCUCACCCCGCUCUCCAGCCGCCGCCGGUGUGGGUGCUCCGCUACCGGCUCCUCUCUGUUCUGCCCUCUCUUCUGCUCUCGGCUCCCCACCCCCUCUCCCUUCCCUCCUCUCCCCUUGCCUCCCCUCCUCUGCAGCGCCUGCAUUAUUUUCUGCCCGCAGGCUCGGCUUGCAUUGCUGCUGCAGCCCGGGGAGGUGGGUGGGUGGGUGGGUUGGUUGGUGGGGAGGAGAUUGUGCAAGUUGUAGGGGAGGGGGUGCCCUCUUCUUCCCCGCUCCCUUCCCCCCCUAACUCCUUCCCCCUCCUUCUCCCCCUUUCCCCUCCCCGCCCCCACCUUCUUCCUCCUUUCGGAAGGGCUGGUAACUUGUUGUGCGGAGCGAACGGCGGCGGCGGCGGCGGCGGCGGCACCAUCCAGGCGGGCACCAUGGGCACGUCCGCGCUCUGGGCGCUCUGGCUGCUGCUCGCGCUGUGCUGGGCGCCCCGGGAGAGCGGCGCCACCGGAACCGGGAGAAAAGCCAAAUGUGAACCCUCCCAAUUCCAGUGCACAAAUGGUCGCUGUAUUACGCUGUUGUGGAAAUGUGAUGGAGAUGAAGACUGUGUUGACGGCAGUGAUGAAAAGAACUGUGUAAAGAAGACGUGUGCUGAAUCUGACUUCGUGUGCAACAAUGGCCAGUGUGUUCCCAGCCGAUGGAAGUGUGAUGGAGAUCCUGACUGUGAAGAUGGUUCAGAUGAAAGCCCAGAACAGUGCCAUAUGAGAACAUGCCGCAUAAAUGAAAUCAGCUGUGGCGCCCAUUCUACUCAGUGUAUCCCAGUGUCCUGGAGAUGUGAUGGUGAAAAUGAUUGUGACAGUGGAGAAGAUGAAGAAAACUGUGGCAAUAUAACAUGUAGUCCCAAUGAGUUCACCUGCUCCAGUGGCCGCUGCAUCUCCAGGAACUUUGUAUGCAAUGGCCAGGAUGACUGCAGCGAUGGCAGUGAUGAGCUGGACUGUGCCCCGCCAACCUGUGGCGCCCAUGAGUUCCAGUGCAGCACCUCCUCCUGCAUCCCCAUCAGCUGGGUAUGCGACGAUGAUGCAGACUGCUCCGACCAAUCUGAUGAGUCCCUGGAGCAGUGUGGCCGUCAGCCAGUUAUACACACCAAGUGUCCGGCCAGCGAAAUCCAGUGCAGCUCUGGCGAGUGCAUCCAUAAGAAGUGGCGAUGUGAUGGGGACCCUGACUGCAAGGACGGCAGUGAUGAGGUCAACUGUCCCUCUCGAACUUGCCGACCUGACCAAUUUGAAUGUGAGGAUGGCAGCUGCAUCCACGGCAGCAGGCAGUGUAAUGGUAUCCGAGACUGUGUCGAUGGUUCCGAUGAAGUCAACUGCAAAAAUGUCAAUCAGUGCUUGGGCCCUGGAAAAUUCAAGUGCAGAAGUGGAGAAUGCAUAGAUAUCAGCAAAGUAUGUAACCAGGAGCAGGACUGCAGGGACUGGAGUGAUGAGCCCCUGAAAGAGUGUCAUAUAAACGAAUGCUUGGUAAAUAAUGGUGGAUGUUCCCAUAUCUGCAAAGACCUAGUUAUAGGCUACGAGUGUGACUGUGCAGCUGGGUUUGAACUGAUAGACAGGAAAACCUGUGGAGAUAUUGAUGAAUGCCAAAAUCCAGGAAUCUGCAGUCAAAUUUGUAUCAACUUAAAAGGCGGUUACAAGUGUGAAUGUAGUCGUGGCUAUCAAAUGGAUCUUGCUACUGGCGUGUGCAAGGCAGUAGGCAAAGAGCCAAGUCUGAUCUUCACUAAUCGAAGAGACAUCAGGAAGAUCGGCUUAGAGAGGAAAGAAUAUAUCCAACUAGUUGAACAGCUAAGAAACACUGUGGCUCUCGAUGCUGACAUUGCUGCUCAGAAACUAUUCUGGGCUGAUCUAAGCCAAAAGGCUAUCUUCAGUGCCUCAAUUGAUGACAAGGUUGGUAGACAUGUUAAAAUGAUCGACAAUGUCUAUAAUCCUGCAGCCAUUGCUGUUGAUUGGGUGUACAAGACCAUCUACUGGACUGAUGCGGCUUCUAAGACUAUUUCAGUAGCUACCCUAGAUGGAACCAAGAGGAAGUUCCUGUUUAACUCUGACUUGCGAGAGCCUGCCUCCAUAGCUGUGGACCCACUGUCUGGCUUUGUUUACUGGUCAGACUGGGGUGAACCAGCUAAAAUAGAAAAAGCAGGAAUGAAUGGAUUCGAUAGACGUCCACUGGUGACAGCGGAUAUCCAGUGGCCUAACGGAAUUACACUUGACCUUAUAAAAAGUCGCCUCUAUUGGCUUGAUUCUAAGUUGCACAUGUUAUCCAGCGUGGACUUGAAUGGCCAAGAUCGUAGGAUAGUACUAAAGUCUCUGGAGUUCCUAGCUCAUCCUCUUGCACUAACAAUAUUUGAGGAUCGUGUCUACUGGAUAGAUGGGGAAAAUGAAGCAGUCUAUGGUGCCAAUAAAUUCACUGGAUCAGAGCUAGCCACUCUAGUCAACAACCUUAAUGAUGCCCAAGACAUCAUUGUCUAUCAUGAACUUGUACAGCCAUCAGGUAAAAAUUGGUGUGAAGAAGACAUGGAGAAUGGAGGAUGUGAAUACCUAUGCCUGCCAGCACCACAGAUUAAUGAUCACUCUCCAAAAUAUACCUGUUCCUGUCCCAAUGGGUACAAUGUAGAGGAAAAUGGCCGAGACUGUCAAAGUACUGCAACUACUGUGACUUACAGUGAGACAAAAGAUACGAACACAACAGAAAUUUCACCAACUAGUGGACUAGUUCCUGGAGGGAUCAAUGUGACCACAGCAGUAUCAGAGGUCAGUGUUCCCCCAAAAGGGACUUCUGCCGCAUGGGCCAUUCUUCCUCUCUUGCUCUUAGUGAUGGCAGCAGUAGGUGGCUACUUGAUGUGGCGGAAUUGGCAACACAAGAACAUGAAAAGCAUGAACUUUGACAAUCCUGUGUACUUGAAAACCACUGAAGAGGACCUCUCCAUAGACAUUGGUAGACACAGUGCUUCUGUUGGACACACGUACCCAGCAAUAUCAGUUGUAAGCACAGAUGAUGAUCUAGCUUGACUUCUGUGACAAGUGUUGACCUUUGAGGUCUAAACAAAUAAAACCCCCGUCGGAAUGGUAACCGAGCCAGCAGCUGAAGUCUCUUUUUCUUCCUCUCGGCUGGAAGAACAUCAAGAUACCUUUGCGUGGAUCAAGCUUGUGUACUUGACCGUUUUUAUAUUACUUUUGUAAAUAUUCUUGUCCACAUUCUACUUCAGCUUUGGAUGUGGUUACCGAGUAUCUGUAACCCUUGAAUUUCUAGACAGUAUUGCCACCUCUGGCCAAAUAUGCACUUUCCCUAGAAAGCCAUAUUCCAGCAAUGAAACUUGUGCCAUAGUGUAUACCACCUGUACAUACAUUGUAUAGGCCAUCUGUAAAUAUCCCAGAGAACAAUCACUAUUCUUAAGCACUUUGAAAAUAUUUCUAUGUAAAUUAUUGUAAACUUUUUCAAUGGUUGGGACAAUGGCAAUAGGAUAAAACGGGUUACUAAGAUGAAAUUGCCAAAAAAAUUUAUAAACUAAUUUUGUACGUAUGAAUGAAAUCUUUGACCUCAAUGGAGGUUUGCAAAGACUGAGUGUUCAAACUACUGUACAUUUUUUUUCAAGUGCUAAAAAAUUAAACCAAGCAGCUUAACCAUG